AUGUUUAGAUACGAAUUAGGUGGGGGUGCCGGUCAGAUUAUCAGUAUGGAACCGGUAAACGAUGGUAAAGAACAUCGGGUAAAGGCGAUUCGCAAGGGUCGACAAGGUACGAUGAUAGUCGACGAUAGCGAUGUUACCGAGGGACACUCAUCUGGUAUCCUGGCGAUGUUGAAUGUUGAUGGAGAUAUUUACUUGGGCGGUGUACCUGAUUUGGAGAGCAUGACGGGUGCGUUGCAUGAGAGUAAUUUCGUUGGUUGUAUAGCUGAUAUAAUGUUGAAUGGCAUAAAGCUGGACAUGAUGGCGAACGCAAUUGAUGGACGUAAUGUGAAACCGUGUGAGCAAUGGAUUGUUCGUAGGAAAUGGUUUAGAGCGUUUCGCAAGUAUCGUUGA